AAAUACGAGUUUUCAGAUUCAUCUCGACGGUGCUCGCGUCCAGUUGUCCGUUCGCAUUGAUCAACAAUAAUUGAGUUGUGUGCUGUAACUUCUUGUCACCACAAAGAGUUGUUUGGCUUUUAAUCGAAAAUAUCAAAGCAUCAGCGUUGGAUAAGUCCAUUGAAAGUCUAGUAAUUGGAACCAAAAACCGCAAAAUGUCAACCUCUAUGUUCAUUUAUGCCAUGUGCCUUGUAUUGGCCGCCAAUUUGUUAUCAGUGAGUGCCAUCCGGUGUCACCAGUGCAACUCGCACGACAACGAGGACUGCGGUGGCCUGGUGGUGAACACGCCACGUGCCCAGAGGGACAACCAGUACCUGACGGACUGCAUCCCGCCCAGCGGCAAGGACGCCUUCUGCCGCAAGACGGUGAUCAGCUUCGAGCAGAACAACGAGCGCCGUAUCGAGCGGAGCUGUGGCUACAUACCGGAGAAGAUCCAGAACGCCUGCUUCACCGCCGACAACGAGGGCUACAAGCAGAUCAUCUGCACCUGUCCCGAGGAGGGAUGCAAUGGUGCCACCUCCCUGCUGGGCGCCCGCCAGGUGGGCUACAGCCUGGUUGCAUCUGUGGUCAGUCUGGCACUGGCCAGCCUACUCAGGCAUUAACUCAUCGAUCACUUCAACUCCUGCAUUCUGUAUCCUGCAUUCUGCAUUCUGUAUCCUGCAUUCUGCAUCCUGCAUUCUGCAUUCUGUAUCCUGCAUUAUGUAUCCUGCAUCCUGCAUUCUGCAUCCAAAACACGUACCUUAUCCUAACUGGUUAAGCUAAGUCUUAAAUAUUUUGCACUAAGUUCUUUGCUGUUUGCCAUAUUUAGCUAUGUACACAUCCCCCAUUUGUCAUGGCAUCUAUUUCGCUUUUAGUCUUGUAUUCCGUAUUUGUAAUUAAUUACUGUAAAAAUAUAAGCAUUGUAUUUAAAAGAAA